AAAUGUCUAUUUGAACAGGGUCAAUGAGAGUGACUAUAGAACCACCUACUACAUCAGAACGAGGCGACCAGUGUUAUAUCAUUUUCCGGAAUACCUGGUGCCAAUAAAUUAAGGCGUGGGGUGUCGGGUGGUAUUAAAGCUUGUGUUGCCCUGGACAUUCAAACACAAUAUAGCCACGGCCAUGCCCCCACCACUGUGGGUACUCCUAGUGGGAUUAUCCAUUUCGCAAGUAUUACACGUGGAGGCCGCCCCGCUCUCCCCUCUCACGUGCUACACGUGCGAUGACCCUGAUGACCCCGACGACUGCGUAUUUGAUGAAGUCACGUGCGAGCCGGACGAGGUGUGCUACUCCGUGCUGAGAAAGGACAGAGGACAUCUUCAUCACCACCUAGGAUGCAUGAAACAAGAGACCUGCUACCAACAGGAGGGCAACAACACCGACAGGUGCGACUCCGGGGCCUUCCUCGAGGGUGACCGCUGUGCAUUCUGCUGCCAGAAACACCUCUGUAAUGUCGACGCUGUCAUCAUGGAAGAGGUACCGACGGCCGAGACCCUGGUCACUGAUGGAGCAAAGAUAGCCGGAGAUGGACACACGGAGGGACAUCGGUGCUAUGUGUGCGAUGGCGAGACGGACAAUGCUCAGUGUAGUCAACCAGACCACCUACACACCUGCCCUGACAACGCAACGGCUUGUCUCACCACUGUGUACUAUGGAUCCAGGAGUUCCGUCAUCACGAAGACGUGUUCCAAGUUGCAGUCAUGUAUGAACCUACAAGAAAACAACGACGGCGACUGUUGGGAUGAAGAUGAGGCGUAUGGAAAGUGUUCUUACUGCUGCGAGGGACCCGGAUGCAACAAGGCAGUGAUACCAGGGAUAGGUGAUGAGAGUGCUGAAGACAACGUUGCCCCUCCCCCCGGUGCCCACCAUGCAUCAAAGGAUAACCACCCACACCCCGGAGGGCCCGCAAGCAAGGGGCGACCAGGAAGCAAGGAAGUUAGGCAUUCCUCUGGAAGCAAGUCAAUUAAGCAUCCCUCUGGAAGCAAGGAAAUUAAGCAUCCCUCUGGAAGCAAGGAAACAAAGCAUCCCUCUGGAAGCAAGGAAAUUAAGCAUCCCUCUGGAAGCAAGGAAAUUAAGCAUCCCUCUGGAAGCAAGUCAAUUAAGCAUCCCUCUGGAAGCAAGGAAAUUAAGCAUCCCUCUGGAAGCAAGUCAAUUAAGCAUCCCUCUGGAAGCAAGGAAAUUAAGCAUCCCUCUGGAAGCAAGUCAAUUAAGCAUACCUCUGGAAGCAAGGAAACUAAGCAUCCCUCAGGAAGCAAGUCAAUUAAGCAUCCCUCUGGAAGCAGGUCAAUUAAGCAUCCCUCUGGAAGCAAGGAAAUUAAGCAUCCCUCUGGAAGCAAGUCAAUUAAGCAUCCCUCUGGAAGCAAGGAAAUUAAGCAUCCCUCUGGAAGCAAGUCAAUUAAGCAUCCCUCUGGAAGCAAGUCAGUUAAGCAUCCCUCUGGAAGCAAGUCAAUUAAGCAUCCCUCUGGAAGCAAGUCAAUUAAGCAUCCCUCUGGAAGCAAGUCAAUUAAGCAUCCCUCUGGAAGCAAGUCAAUUAAGCAUCCCUCUGGAAGCAAGUCAAUUAAGCAUCCCUCUGGAAGCAAGUCAGUUAAGCAUCCCUCUGGAAGCAAGUCAGUUAAGCAUCCCUCUGGAAGCAAGUCAAUUAAGCAUCCCUCUGGAAGCAAGUCAGUUAAGCAUGCCUCUGGAAGCAAGUCAAUUAAGCAUCCCUCAGGAAGCAAGGAAAUUAAGCAUCCCUCUGGAAGCAAGGAAAUUAAGCAUCCCUCUGGAAGCAAGUCAAUUAAGCAUCCGUCUGGAAGCAAGUCAGUUAAGCAUCCCUCUGGAAGCAAGUCAAUUAAGCAUCACUCAGGAAGCAAGGAAACUAAGCAUCCCUCAGGAAGCAAGGAAGUUAAGCAUCCCUCUGGAAGCAAGGAAAUUAAGCAUCCCUCUGGAAGCAAGGAAGUUAAGCAUCCCUCUGGAAGCAAGUCAAUUAAGCAUCCCUCUGGAAGCAAGUCAAUUAAGCAUCCCUCUGGAAGCAAGUCAAUUAAGCAUCACUCUGGAAGCAAGUCAGUUAAGCAUCCCUCUGGAAGCAAGUCAAUUAAGCAUCCCUCUGGAAGCAAGUCAAUUAAGCAUCCCUCUGGAAGCAAGUCAAUUAAGCAUCCCUCUGGAAGCAAGUCAAUUAAGCAUCCCUCUGGAAGCAAGUCAAUUAAGCAUCACUCAGGAAACAAGGACAGUAAGCAUGGCUCCUGCCGGGGGAAGUCCUGUGAAAAACCUGAUAAACCUUGCAGGGGAAAAUCCUGUGAGAAGCCUUGCAAGGGGAAAUCCUGUGAGAAGCCCGAUAAACCUUGCAAAGGGAAAUCAUGUGAGAAGCCUGAUAAACCUUGCAAAGGGAAAUCAUGUGAGAAGCCCGAUAAACCAUGCAAGGGGAAAUCCUGUGAGCAGCCUUGCAAAGGGAAAUCUUGUGAAAAGCCCGAUAAACCAUGCAAGGGGAAAUCCUGUGAGCAGCCUUGCAAAGGGAAAUCUUGUGAGAAGCCAUGCAAGGGGAAAUCAUGUGAGAAGCCCGAUAAACCAUGCAAGGGGAAAUCCUGUGAGCAGCCUUGCAAAGGGAAAUCUUGUGAGAAGCCCGAUAAACCAUGCAAGGGGAAAUCCUGUGAGCAACCUUGCAAAGGGAAAUCUUGUGAGAAGCCAUGCAAGGGGAUAUCCUGUGAGAAGCCUGAUAAACCUUGCAAGGGGAAAUCCUGUGAGAAGCCCGAUAAACCAUGCAAGGGGAAAUCUUGUGAGAAGCCCGAUAAACCAUGCACAGGGAAAUCUUGUGAGAAGCCUGAUAAACCAUGCACAGGGAAAUCUUGUGAGAAGCCUGAUAAACCAUGCACAGGUAAUUCUUGUGAGAAGCCUGAUAAACCAUGCUCAGGGAAAUCUUGUGAGAAGCCCGAUAAACCAUGCACAGGGAAAUCUUGUGAGAAGCCUGAUAAACCAUGCACAGGGAAAUCUUGUGAGAAGCCUGAUAAACCAUGCACAGGGAAAUCUUGUGAGAAGCCUGAUAAACCGUGCUCAGGGAAAUCUUGUGAGAAGCCCGAUAAACCAUGCACAGGGAAAUCUUGUGAGAAGCCUGAUAAACCAUGCACAGGUAAUUCUUGUGAGAAGCCUGAUAAACCAUGCUCAGGGAAAUCUUGUGAGAAGCCCGAUAAACCAUGCACAGGGAAAUCUUGUGAGAAGCCUGAUAAACCAUGCACAGGGAAAUCUUGUGAGAAGCCUGAUAAACCAUGCACAGGGAAAUCUUGUGAGAAGCCCGAUAAACCAUGCACGGGGAAAUCUUGUGAGAAGCCUGAUAAACCAGACCUCCCUGAUAAGCCUGACAAACCUGAUAAGCCAGACAAGCCUGAUAAACCAGACAAGCCUGACAAACCAGACAAGCCUGAUAAGCCGGACAAACCCGAUAAGCCAGACAAACCUGAUAAGCCAGACAUACCCGAUAAGCCUGACAAACCAGACAAGCCUGAUAAGCCGGACAAACCCGAUAAGCCAGACAAACCUGAUAAGCCAGACAUACCCGAUAAGCCGGACAAACCCGAUAAGCCGGACAAACCUGAUAAACCAGACAAUCCUGAUAAGCCAGACAAGCCUGAUAAACCAGACAAGCCUGACAAACCAGACAAGCCUGAUAAGCCGGACAAACCCGAUAAACCAGACAAACCUGAUAAGCCAGACAAACCCGAUAAACCAGACAAGCCUGAUAAACCAGACAAUCCUCAUAAGCCAGACAAGCCUGACAAACCAGACAAGCCUGAUAAGCCGGACAAACCCGAUAAACCAGACAAACCUGAUAAGCCAGACAAACCCGAUAAACCAGACAAGCCUGAUAAACCAGACAAUCCUCAUAAGCCAGACAAGCCUGACAAACCAGACAAGCCUGAUAAGCCGGACAAACCCGAUAAACCAGACAAACCUGAUAAGCCAGACAUACCCGAUAAGCCGGACAAACCUGAUAAGCCGGACAAACCAGAUAAACCAGACAAACCUGAUAAGCCAGACAUACCCGAUAAGCCGGACAAACCUGAUAACGGCGGUGGUUGUGGGUGUGACAAACCAGACCACCCAGGUAGUGGCAGCAAGCCUUGCGACUGCGGCUGCUGUAACACCGUCAUUGUCCCCAAGGUAGACAUCGACAUCAAAGUGAGUGUCAGCGCCGACAUCAUCAGGAACUGUACAAGACAUAAACUGCGAGAGCUGCUGGGGCUUAUCACGGAGCAACACUUCCAUAAACAAAUCGACCUCGGAGAAGUCACAGGUGAUCUCCUUCCUGGGAUAGAGGUUCACGCCUCCAAUACAACAGAACAGAUAAACAAAACUCCAGAAACAAAUGGAACGAUUAUUCCCAAGACAACAGAUACACCACCGACAUCAAGAGUCUCCACUACCAUUCCACCCGAGUCGACGACAUUGACAACGACGAUCGCCCCGACCACAACUUCGACUACAACCACAACAUCGACUACAACAACCACGUCUACCACAACAACGCCAACGCCGUUCCAGUGUUACCAGUGCGAGGGGGUGGAGUGUCAGAGCCCGUGGGUGGAUCCUUGUCCCUCCGCUCUCUGCCGCACCACCAUAAAACAAGACUCCGAAGGGAAGCGAACACUCAGUAAAAGCUGCAGUAACGAGGCGUUCUGUGAAAAGGAGUGGUGGCAGAAAACUGCCCCAAACAACGAGUGCUUCUUCUUGGACGAAAGUCCGUCCGGUCCACCUGACAUGCCACUCACGUGUACAUUCUGUUGUGAAGGGACACGGUGCAACAAAAACUUUCUUCCAGAUUUCAGCAAACUGUACAGCAAAAAUCACCACGGGACAUCAAGACCAGAGAGUGAAAACUAAUAUCUUUGGCCUAUAUGAAUGUUACAUUUACCGUUGGAAUAAUAUUCUAGUCGAGCAAACACCGAAAUGCGAAAUCAUCUACAUAAAUACAUUGUAAAAUAUAAAAACAGCAAUGUCUGAAGCUAUAUUUGUGGCAUAUGCACUAGUACAUGUCUGUUAUAGUAUGGAGCUCUUCGAAACAACAUCUCAAUAAAAGGAGAAUAGACUCUUUAUGCCGCUCUUCUCAAUAGACUAUCUGUGCGCGCAAGCUAAUGAAAAGCUAUUUGUUUCUUAUAUGGAAUAAACACAUGCGCAGCCU